GUGAGCUGCUCAUUGCCUCAGACAGCCAUGGAGGAAUCAUUCGCAGAGUCCUAUCCCAGCAAACUGGGGGAUCAGCCACCUGCGUACACUCCAGGACCCCCAUCGGCCCCUGUAAUGCAGCCCAGCCCGUACCCUGCCUCCAACCUGUACCCUGCCUCCAACCUGUACCCUGCCUCCAACCAGUACCCCGCCUCCAACCCGUACCCUGCCUCCAACCCGUACCCUGCCUCCAGCCCGUACCCUGCCUCCAACCCGUACCCUGCCCCCAACCCGUACCCUUCUUUCAACCCCCCUGUGCAGAAUAACACUGUGCAGCAGACCCUCAUCUGCCAACCACAACCAUCCACAAAUGUGGUGGUGGUGAAUAAUAAUGGUGGACAGACGGUACCGAUCCGGCCCCGCUACAAGGAUUACCUUUGCUGGUCCAUCAUGAACAUGCUGUUCUGCUGCUGCCCCCUUGGAAUUGCUGCCAUUGUCUUUUCAUGCAAGACAAGAGGCGACAUUGAAGCUCACGACCACCAAGCUGCAGCCAAGAGUUCCCGCACGGCCCUGGCUCUGAAUAUUUCGGCUCUCGUGGCUGGAAUCCUCAUUGAACUUAUUGUUCUUAUUGUCUAUUUUACAUCACUUUCGACACUUAGCAAGUACACACCCAAUUCUGGUUAUAACUAUAACUAUGGAAACCGUAAAUAUCCGUACUGACACUAUGUACACAAUAAAAAUUCAUUUCUG